AUGAAAAAAUUGCAACAAACAGAAACCAAGACUCCUUCUGGGGAGAAAGAAAACUCUACUUUACCUCUAGCAAAGUCAAAUAUAUUUGCUGCUAACAUACAAGCCGAGGUGUCUCAAAGACAAACAUCUAACAAUAAUCUUAAUGAAAAUUGGGCAGACGAAAUUGAAGAAGUAAUUGAAACACAGCCUAGUACAUCUGUUAUGAAGAGUAUUAGUGAACUGGAAAAUUCUCUGGAUAUUACUCAUGAAAAAAAUUUAGAUAGAGGAAAUGAGCUUGCAGUUAAAAAUACAGAAAAUCGGGUCUUGGAUGACCCAGAUCAAAUGCAAUCUCGUACAGAUCUUUUACAUAUGGAAACAUAUGAUACUGACACAAAUUCGGUAACUCAUUACACAAGUCCUAUUUCAAAUACCAACAAUAUCGAUUUUAUAACAAUCGAACAGUUGACAGAAAAUAAUGAUACAGAUGAACAAAAUCAAUCCACUCAAGAGAAAAUUAUCUUAGCUCAAACAGAAUUAAUAAUACAAAACAAUAUACUUGAUAGCCAACAGGAAGAAUUAUCUGAUUUUGAUAUUAAUGAAACAGAUAAUCACAUCACAGAUCUUGAAACUUUGUUACAAGAAGAGAAAAACUAUGAAAAUUUAAAUACAACAAAUAACAAUACUACUAAUAUGGACACAGAUGAUGUUCAUCAAGAGUUACCAUUUACAUUAGUUAAUAAUAAAAGAAAAAAUAAAAAAAGUAACCCAUUAUUUGCAACAAUAAUCAACCUAUCCCUUACGCAAAUCAGAGCAAAAUUUCAGGCAAAAAUCGCUCCAAAUAAUAUUUCUUAA